AUGAUUCGAGCGGAGAAUUUCCGCGAAAGUAAGAAGAAAUACAGAAAAGAAGAGCUUGUAAUCCCGGAAAGCCGAGUGAUCCACUCGACAUCGCCAUCACUUCCCCGUCACUCACAAACGCAUUUCUCUGACAAACGGCGAGUCUCGGCGAUCUCCGGCGAUAUCUACUUUGACGCAAAUCAACAAACGAAUAUCCCCCAAAUGGCCUAUCAAGUGGCAUCAAAGCAGAACAAAGCUCGUCGAAGUUUAGAAGAAUUCGAGAAACAAGCGAAUCUCACAAAGAAUCACAAAGAUUUCGUCAUGAGCAUCUCUUCACGAUGUCAGCCGACCAUUGUUCCGAUUAAUCCACAGACGGGGAAACGAGUCGAUGUGAAUCCAGGAAAUCCGAUAGAAUCCCUUCAUCUCCACGUUCCCAUCUCGAUUCCAUUAGCCAAUUCUCCGCCAGCUUCUCCGAUUAUUGUACGCAAAACACCAAAUAUUGCCUUAUUUCAAAAGAGAAAUCGAGGAGACCAAGUGAUUUCUGAGAUUCGUCGUCUCUCUCAACCAAGCAAUAUUGCUCAAGGGUUGAAUCGGAUGAAUUUAAACCUUCAAGGACCAGCCUCGAAUAUGAAAGCAGCAAGCUAUAGUGACAUUAAUGUGGAAUCAAAUGAAACUCCACUGGAGAGAUUCAACAAGGAGACACUCGUGAUUGGGGAGAUUUGCGGUCAAAGUAUGUCGGAUAUCUCGGGAGUUCGUCCGGUUUGCUGUGCUCGACGGGGAUCCGUUAUUCACAAUCCAUUGCCCGACCCUCAACCUUCAUCAAAUGGUGGCCGUCGACCGUCAAUCUACGCUCAACUCGACGAAUUCAUCUCGAACUCUGCUCCGACCAGCGAGCCAUUAUAUCGAACAUUCACUGUACCGAAGACAACUCAAAACUCGAAAUCCUCAAAAAGAGACUCGAUCGAGCUUCCCUCAAUUACCCUCUCCGAACACGAUCAA